AUGGCGUCAUUCGGUAAUCCCACACAGAUCUUUGCCGACGAUGUGAUCGAGGAGAAGGGCGAGAACGCUCGUCUGUCGGCCUUUGUCGGUGCCAUUGCUGUCGGUGACCUUGUAAAGAGCACCCUUGGUCCCAAGGGAAUGGAUAAGAUUCUACAGUCUGCAUCGACCGGAGAUAUUCUUGUGACAAACGACGGUGCUACAAUCUUGAAAUCUAUUGCUUUGGAUAACGCCGCGGCCAAAGUUCUGGUAAACAUCUCAAAGGUCCAGGACGAUGAGGUUGGUGACGGUACCACCUCCGUUACUGUACUCGCCGCCGAGCUGCUGCGCGAAGCAGAAAAGCUGGUGAACUCCAAGAUCCACCCCCAGACUAUUAUCGAGGGCUAUCGGAUAGCCAGCCGUGCCGCUCUCUCCUCUCUCGAGUCCGUCGCUGUCGACCGCAGCCAGGACCCCGUUGCCUUCCGCAAAGACCUGCACUCCAUCGCCCGCACAACCCUCAGCUCCAAGGUUCUGGCACAAGACCGCGAACAAUUUGCCCAGUUGGCGUGUGAGGCCGUUCUGCGCCUCAAGGGUUCCGUCGACCUCAGCCACAUUCAGAUCAUCAAGAAGGCCGGUGGUAAGUUGAGUGACUCGUACCUGGACGAGGGAUUCAUCCUGGACAAGAAGAUCGGUGUCAACCAGCCCAAACGAUUGGAGAAUGCGAAGAUUAUGGUGGCCAACACUGCCAUGGACACCGACAAGGUCAAGAUCUUUGGUGCUCGCGUCAAGGUGGACUCGACCGGCAAGCUGGCUGAUCUGGAGAAGGCCGAGCGGGAGAAGAUGCGCGCCAAGGUUGAGCGGAUCAAGUCCCACGGAAUUAACUGUUUCGUUAACCGUCAGUUGAUCUACAACUGGCCCGAGCAGCUGUUCACCGAGGCUGGUAUCAUGUCUAUCGAGCAUGCCGAUUUCGACGGAAUUGAGCGCCUGGCCAUGGUGACUGGUGGUGAGAUCGCCUCCACUUUCGACCACCCCGACCAGGUCAAGCUGGGUUCUUGUGACUUGAUUGAGGAGGUUAUCAUCGGCGAGGACACUCUGAUCAAGUUCUCCGGCGUCGCUGCCGGCCAGGCCUGCACUAUUGUGCUGCGUGGUGCCACCGAGCAACUCCUGGACGAGGCCGAGCGUUCGUUGCACGAUGCGCUUGCCGUCUUGUCUCAGACAGUUAAGGACCCUCGUGUUACUCUUGGCGGCGGCUGCGCCGAGAUGGUUAUGGCCAAGGCUGUUGAGCAGGCUGCCCAGAACACUACCGGCAAGAAGCAGUUGGCCGUGGACUCGUUCGCCCACGCUCUUAAGCAGCUGCCUACUAUCCUGGCCGACAAUGCCGGUCUUGACUCUAGCGACUUGGUCACACGUCUGCGACAGGCGAUCAACAACGGUUUGACCAACUCUGGCCUGGAUCUGUUGACUCCUGGUGGUGGCAUUGCCGACAUGCGUGAGCUCGGUGUUGUGGAGGCAUACAAGUUGAAGAAGGCCGUUGUGUCGUCGGCAUCUGAGGCCGCUGAGCUCCUCUUGCGUGUGGACAACAUUAUCCGGGCAGCUCCUCGCCGGCGGGAGCGUAUGUGA